AUGCCUCGCUGGUCCACCGUUCCGUACCACCCUGACGAUGCGGAAUCCUACUCGGCUUCCGUUCUUGCCAUGACCAAGAUCUGGGGACAGUUUCCAUUCACAAACGGACAUGCUGCCUGGCUCCGGUUCCAGGGCCCUCAAGAUGUUUGCGAUUUGGUUGUGGCCAUUCAGAAGAUACAAAACAACCAGCGCCUCUUUCAGGAGCGCAGAUUCCUUUUGGCUGAACAGCUCGCGUUGGAACGCUUUCUUAACAGUGCCAAUGAGUUUUAUCGCGCUAUCGAGCCCGAUCUCACCGCUUACUUGAAUGGCUCGUCGAGUUCUGAAAUCGAAGAGCGGCGAGCCCUGAUCUUGGCACGUUUUGAUGAAGGGUUUCAGUCUGUCCGAGACCGCAUUGAGGAGCUGAAGGAGCUGAUUCACGACUAA